AUGUCCUUCCCCAUCCAAUCCGCAGCUCGCUGCGCCAGACAGCUGUCCGGCUCCGUCCGCCCAUCCUCCCUGCGCAUCGCGACCUCAUACACAGCCCGCACACCCAGCUACCGACGAUGGGAAUCGACCGAGGCUGCUGCCCCUACCAACCCCAAGAUCACACAGAUUGUCGACCAGAUCAGCACAUUGACCCUGCUUGAGACCGCUGACCUUGUGUCUAGCUUGAAGACCCGCCUGAACAUCCCUGACCUCCCUGUUGGUGGUUUCGCCAUGGCCCCCGGAGCCGGCGCACCUGGCGCCGCCGCCGCCGUCGAGGAAGAGGAGGCCGCUCCCGCAGCUGCCGAGAAGACCCUGUUCAACCUGAAGCUGGAGGGCUUCGAGGCCGGUUCCAAGCCCAAGAUCAUCAAGGAGAUCAAGAACAUGCUCGGCCUGUCGCUGGUUGACAGCAAGAAGUUCGUCGAGUCCGCGCCUAAGAUCAUGAAGGAGUCUGUGCCGAAGGAGGAGGCUGAGAAGAUCAUCGAGACCCUCAAGGGUCUGGGUGCUAAGGCUGUCAUGGAGUAA